AUAUAUAUAAAUACUUCUGAUAAAAACGUUUUAUAUACCUUAGAAAUUCCUGUCCACCUGUCUUUUAAUUCAUUUCUCACAUUUGAUCCAAGAUGACAGUUCUAUAAAUUUUAUUGCCCUGUUAUUGUUUAUAUUUGCAAAAACAUCUAACAGACAGAUCAAAUAAUCUUAGUAACACAUUUUACACAAAUGUCUAAACAUAAGAGCAAAGAUAAAAAGCAUAAACACAGGAAAAAACAUUCAAAGCACAAGAAAUCAAAAAAGAAAUCCAAACAUCAUGAUACUGAACGCCUCAAUAAAUCUCAAUCAAUUGUGAAUAAUAAACGAGAAAGAACUCAAUCAGAAAGUUCAAAUAGUUCAUGUUCAAGUUCUGGUUCAAAGAAAGAUGGUAAAUUAUCUAAGAAACGAAUAAAAGUAGAUGAUGCAGAUGAUAUGAGUGUUCCUAUAGAUUUAAUGGCUUCCUCCAAAACAAUGAGGCCCCAAACUCAAGACGAGUGGAAAGAAAAACAAAGCAUAAUAAAACAUGUAUUAGACCCAGAAACCGGACGCUACCGAUUGAUUAAAGGUGAUGGAGAAGUUUUAGAAGAAAUUGUGAGUAAAAGUCAACACAAAGAAAUUAAUAAAAAAGCAACUGCAUUUGAUGGAGAAUAUUUUGAAUCAAAAACAGUUAAAAAAUGAGACAAGAAAUGAAAAUUUGUCUAAAUUCAAAUGAUGUAGAUGUAUAUUGCAUAGAAUAUAUAGUAUAUUUUAAUACAUAAUCCAUAUAAUGUAAUAAACACAAUUUA